CUCAACGAUAUCUCCUUAAUUUCGAUUUAGUCCUUAUUCGAGAAUCGACUUUAAUCUUAGGAUGCCAAUGGAGGUGGAUUCAAAUGACGUAAACAUGCCGAUUGAAACUUUUAAUAUAUAUUAGGAUGCCAAUAUCAAUGCCGUGGGGAAGGAUAUUGAUAUUUAACUGAUAACCAUACAUAGUUGUUCGUAGACAUGGAAGCUGGAACCAAAAUGCAGUCACCGGAGAAGGAAACGAGGCCAGAGUUAUCCACCAUGUCGGUGCAAAGCGUCCCGACAUUCCCUCUCCGAUCAAUUGAUGAAAAAGCCAUUCCCCUUAUAGGCUUCGGCACAGCCGAAGAUCCUUUCGGUGCUUCCAGGGAUACCUUGAAAGAAACCAUCAUCGAAGCUAUCAAACUAGGAUACCGUCACUUCGACACAGCAGCUGUUUACCAAUCCGAGCAGCCUUUAGGUGAAGCGAUAUCAGAUGCCCUUCGUCUAGGGCUAAUCAAAUCCCGAGAUGAACUCUUCAUUACUUCCAAGCUAUGGUGCAGUGAUGCACACCGUGACCUUGUCCUCCCAGCACUCCACAAAACACUCAAGAAUUUGAAGCUGGAGUAUGUUGAUCUGUAUCUAAUUCACUGGCCACUGAGUUUAAAGCCAGGUAAACAUGAUUUUCCUUUUAAGAAAGAAGACAUGGUUCCUAUGGAUAUAAAAUCUGUGUGGGAAGCAAUGGAGGAGUGUCAUGAUAUUGGCCUAACAAAAUCUAUUGGUGUAAGCAAUUUCUCCUGCAAGAAACUAGAAACCCUCCUUUCCAGUGCCAGAAUCCCACCAGCAGUAAACCAAGUGGAGAUGAGCCCAAUGUGGCAACAAAAGAAACUGAGGAAGUUUUGUGAGGAGAAAGGCAUAGUUGUGGAGGCUUAUUCUCCUUUGGGUGCCAAAGGAGCUGUGUGGGGAACAAAUCAGGUGAUGGAGUGUGAUGUACUCAAAGAAAUUGCCCAAGCCAAGGGAAAAUCAGUUGCUCAGGUUUGCUUGAGAUGGGCAUGUGAACAAGGAGUGUGUGUGAUAGUGAAGAGCUUCAACAAGGAAAGGAUGAAACAAAACCUUGACAUCUUUGAUUGGAGGCUCAGUGAUGACGAGUUGCUUAAAAUAAGCCAACUCCCACAGUGCAAAGGAUAUCCAGCACUGGAAUUUGUAUCAGAUGAUGGUCCUUUCAAGUCUCUUCAAGAGCUUUGGGAUGGGGAGAUUUGAAUUUUAUCCGUAUAUAGAUAUAGAUAUAUAGAUAUAACAUAUGUUUGUUUAUUUGUUGCAAACUUCAAAUUAACCAGUUUAUUUAAAAACAAUCACCCAAUAUGCUC